AACGAAGUAACUGAACAUUGAAGUGGGAGCGUCAACCUAUGCGUUACCGGGAUGUCUUCACUGUCGUUUGUACCUCACACUGUUUCUUCAGUUUCUGGACACAAAAGGAAGCAUGAAAAAACCCAUAAAAAAUCCUCAAAAAGGAUCAAGCGUAGUGAAGGGGUACAUCAGUGUUUAAUUCUUUAUUUUUCAUAAGUCAGAUGAAGAGCAAGUGUAUACUGGGAAUAGAGCCGUUUACAAUGAUCAGAAUGAAGACACCAGAAGUCGAUCAUGCCCAUACCUGGAUACUAUUAGGAGGAACAUGCUGGAUUUUGACUUUGAGAAGCUGUGUUCCGUUUCUUUAUCUCACCUGAAUGUCUACGCCUGUCUAAUCUGUGGAAAGUACUUUCAGGGUCGUGGAAAUUCCACUCAUGCAUAUACCCAUAGUGUUAGUGAAAGCCACCACGUCUUCCUGAAUUUGGAAACUCGACGGUUUUAUUGCUUGCCCGAUGAUUAUGAAAUUUUAGAUGGGUCAUUGGAAGACAUUACCUACCUACUAAAUCCUACUUUCAGUACUCCCGAAAUACUUGCUUUGGAUAGUUAUUCGAAAAUGGUCAGAGCAUACAAUGGUCUUACAUAUUAUCCUGGUGUUGUGGGUCUCAAUAAUAUCAAGGUAGGUUAAUUUGUCAAUGGCAGUAAUAAAUCAACCAAAUCCCUGGUACUGAUAACCCUCUAUUUUCUGUUCAGGCUAAUGAUUAUUGCAACGUCAUAUUACAAAUGCUCAGUCAUAUCAGUCCAUUGCGAAAUUAUUUCUUAGAUAUCAAAAACUUUGAGAACCUACCUUCUGUCUCUGGAGAUCAAAUGAUGCUUUUGGUCCAAAGAUUUAGUGAACUUAUUCGAAAAUUGUGGAAUCCUCGAAACUUCAAAACCCACGUUUCACCUCAUGAAUUCUUACAGGCAGUUGUGCUGUGCAGUAAAAAGCGUUUCCAAAUCACUGAACAAGGCGAUGCCAUUGAAUUCCUUUCAUGGUUGGUUAAUGCAAUAGAUAAAGCUUUAAGGAUUAAAAAAAUUCCCUGUCCCAGAGGCGCAGUUAAUAAAACCUAUAAAAGCAUUGUUUCAUCAACUUUACGAGGAAAGAUGAGAAUGUACAGUCGGAAAAUCAUGCCUGUAAACAUGACGGAUGAAGAAAAGGCUUCUCUGGCAGACAGCCCUGAAUACAUGACUUCAAUAUCAGACAUAAAUUUCUUCUAUCUUACGUGUGACUUACCCCCACCUCCACUAUAUCUAGAUGAAUUUAAGGAAAACAUCAUUCCACAAGUUUCAUUAGCUACACUACUUUCGAAAUUUAACGGAGUUACAGAAAAGGAAUACAAGACUCAUCGUGAUUCUACGUUGCGUCGAUUUGAGCUUCGUCGACUACCUCCUUACUUAAUUCUUUACAUGAAGAGGUUUGUUAAAAACAUCUUUACAUUGGAGAAGAAUCCAACGAUAGUUAACUUCCCCAUUAGAAGUAUUGAUUUCGGUGAAUUGUUGGCCCCAGAAUUUCGAGCUAAACAUCGGCAUACUACUUACGACUUGAUAGCCAAUAUUGUGCAUGAUGGUCCCCCAACUCCUGGCUCCGGUACGCAUCGUAUCCACUUAGUACAUCGUGGUACUGGAAAAUGGUUCGAGCUACAAGACUUGCAUGUUAGCGAAGUCUUGCCACAGAUGAUACCGCUUAGUGAAACUCUUAUUCAGGUUUGGGCUGUGAAUAAGUCUAUACCUAAUCCAUGCUUUGUAGAGCCUGUAAAAGUAAUAGAUGAGGAGAUUGGUGAAGAAACUAAGCCAGAGGUUAAAACUGAUGAAAACGAGGAGUGUGAAGAAAUUAAGAAGGAAGAGACUAUGGAUACAGACAAUAAUAAACCACAAAACUGAUUCCUGUCACUUUUUAUCGACUUUACCAAUAAUAUAA